UCAAAUAUCGCGGUAUUUCGUGGUUCGCGCGGCGAGUACAUCUCCCCCUUCCAGCCUCUUGUGUGCACCAGUCGUCUUGGACACGCAGACUAAAAUGGCGUCAGCUUCUGACUACAGCUCCUACGGCCAGUCCGGCGCGCAGCAAGGGUAUGCUUAUGCUGCCCAGCCAUCACAAAGUUAUGGACAGUCUGCGCAGCAAAGCUAUGGUCAGCAGAACUAUGGAUCCUAUGCCCAACCUGCUGCUGCUGCUGCAGAUAGCAGCUACACUCAGACAACACCUGCAGCUGGAGGCUACCCUCAGCAGCAACAGCAGUAUGGCUCCUCAUACGGUCAACAAGCAUCAGCUGGCUACCCUGCAGCCCAGUCUACUAGUCACAGCUACUCACAGUCAGCCCAAGGUUAUGGAGCCACCGGUUACGACAGCACUCCUGCUGCUGCCGCUCCAGCGGCGUCCCAGUCCUAUGGCUCUCAGCCAGGGUAUAGUGCCCAGUCUGCCUACCCUGGCUAUGGCCAGCAGGCUGCUCCCACAGCACCUCAGAGUUACAAUGCUAACAGCCAGCCAGCAAGCUACAACCAAAAUAGCUACUCUCAAUCUGCAGCAUAUGGCCAGCAACAGGCUGGUUACCAGGGCCAGCAGGCGAGCUACAACCAACAGCAGGGAUAUCAGCAGCAGACCCAGCAGCAGCCACAGGCUCCUCCUGCUUACCCUCCUCAGGCCGCUGGUUCCUACGGGCAACCUCCAGCCAGCCAGUACAGCCAGCAAGGCGGACCACCCAGUUACAACCAAUCCAACCAUUACAAUAACUACAGGCAGGAUGGCCAGGGUGGAGGUUCUGGUUACCCUGGCUCUGAGUCUUCAAGGUACCAAGGGGUGGGAGAGAACCGCGGCCCCGGCAGAGAUGGUUUUGACAGAGGGGGAAUGAUGCACCGUGGACGUGGAGGCAUGGGUCGUGGCAUGGGCAGCGCUGGAGACAGAGGUGGCUUCAAUAAGCCUGGUGGACCUAUGAGCGACGAGCGUGAAAUGGGACGUCCAGAGGAGCAGGACGACUCUGAGAACAGCACAAUUUACAUCACGGGGCUAACCGAGAAGGCCAACCUGGAGGAAAUGGCCGAAUUCUUCAAGCAUGUCGGUCCAAUAAGGAUUAACCGCAGACUGGGCCAGCCAGCUAUUAACAUUUACACAGACAAGGACACGGGAAAACCAAAGGGAGAUGCCACUCUGUCCUAUGAGGAGCCAGUCUGUGCCAAAGCAGCUGUGGAGCAUUUUGAUGGGAAAGAGUUCCAGGGCCGACGGUUAAAGGUGUCCAUGGCACGUCGUAAACCCAUGAUGGGAGGAAUGAGAGGCGGCAUGCCCAUGCGAGAUGGCAUGAUGGGCCGUGGAGGUAUGAUGGGCCGUGGAGGAGACCGUGGUGGGUUUGGCCCACGAGGUGGUCCACGUGGAAUGGGCAGAGGUGGACCCACUGGAGGCAACAUGCAGCAGAGAGCUGGGGACUGGGAGUGCCCAAACCCGGGCUGUGGCAACCAGAACUUUGCCUGGAGGAUGGAGUGCAACCAGUGCAAAGCUCCUAAACCAGAGGGGUUAGGCGGGGGCCCUCCUUUCCCCAUGGGAGGUGACCGGGGCAGAGGUGGAAUGGGCAUGCGUGGAGGCAGAGGUAUGGACCGUGGCGGGCCAGCAGGAGCUGGAGGCCCGGGUGGCCCCGGAGGUUUCCGUGGAGGCUGGGGAGGCGACCGCGGUGGCUUCAGGGGGCGUGGUGGCAUGGAUCGGGGAGGUUUCCGUGGGGCCGGCCGUGGAGGACCACCAAUGGACCGAAUGGGUGGCAGAGGUGGAAGAGGAAUGGGACCACCAGGUGGAAAGAUGGAUAUGAGGGACCAUCGCCAGGAGCGUAGAGACCGUCCUUACUGAGGAAGAAGAACUUGACUGUUCCUGUUACGGAAUUUGAGUUUUGUUUUUUGUUUUUUAUUAAAAAAAAAUUGAGAAUUUUUAAUUUAUGAUUCCAUAAUUUGACUGCUUUCAUACAUCCUGUGCAGUUACAUCCACUUUUGACUAGUGUUUCCAUUUUUGUUUUAGUUUAUCUGUGUUUAUACUGCAUCUUUUAUUGUGCAUGUUUUUUUUGUUAUUUUGUAGUUGCUUUUUAAAUAUUCAGAUUAGUUUUGACAUUGUAUCGUAAAUGCUAUAUUUUUCAUUCAUAACACCAUUGCCUCCUCUUUCCCAUCCCUGACAAUUGUAUGUUGACAAGCUUGGGGAAAUAAAAUUUUACUGAUUUGA